UUCAUAUACUACUUGCCGUCAAAUCUCCAACUUCAAUACCACACCGAUGGCUUUCCAGCCGCGCUACUACACUCAGCCUUCCUUCUUUGAGCAUCUCAACUACGAUGUGCGCCAAAUCAUUUAUCAAUUCAUGGAACAUCACCUCCCACCCAUAUCGCAAUCCCUCAAAUACGCCGGAUUUCCCCUCUCUUGCAAACAAGCUUACAUUGAGAGCCGCCUACCAGCCAUAAAAGGCGUGCGCAGAUUCUUGGAAGACUUCCAACGCAAUUUCGAUAGAUACACAUCCGAGCCUACCAGAAUCAUUCCAGACAUACCUCUUGACAGCACAUUCGCAUCUCUUCGACACAUUACCCUCCGCAUCCCCGCAUCUUUGGUCACAUCCGCCUUCGACAAUCAACUCGACAAAGCCGUGGUCGCCCUUCGCCCUGUCCUCUCAGCUCACUUCCAGAAGGUCACACUCCUUUUCGUUGACCCGCAGAACGAAUAUCCUGCAAACUUCAAAACUGCGAUGCGCGUCUCCUCCGGUUAUGCACUCUUCCGUCUAUCCCAGAUCAUCAUGGAUGAGCGAAAGGUUCAAUCAAGCAUCAGCGCACUCUCGAAAUACGUCUCAGAUCUAUCGGGAUACGAGACGGUGCACCCGACGAGCCAUGCGCAGCCAUAUCCCUCUGACUUCACAGGGACCCUUCUGUACAAGGGGAACGAUCUUCCGCAUCCCAUUAGCACGACAGAUAUUCAGAUUGCGUGGGACUGGAGGAAGGAAAGCCUUAUUGGAACGCCGUCUACGCUGCGCGGGUACCAUCACGAGUACUCUGCGCAGGCGGAGCGGCAUGACGGGUCUACAUGGCCGCAGCUGUACGUUGUUGAGAACGACGAGAAGAGCGUGGGGAUGCAAGGCAUUGUUUGCAGGCAGCGGUGGAACGUGUCCGAGAGCGUGAGGGUGUACUGGCUGCUGCAGGAGCACCGGUAUAAGAGCUUGAGGGGGUUCUGUUGGAGUGAGGGUGUGGGUGAAGAUGUGCAGCAGGGACUGGGUGGGAUGAGUGACGAGGAGUUUCAGGAACGAAACCCGCCGUUGGUUUUGGCUGCGUUGUUUUGA